AUGGCCAUGAUCAGCCUAUUAGCUGUUGGAUAUUUCAUCAAGACAAGAGGGUCUCGUUUCCCCGCGGGUCCUCUCGGCGUGCCGGUCUUGGGAUACCUCCCAUUCUUGGACUGCCGACGACUCCAUCGGAGCUUGAUGAGCCUUGGCCGUCGCUAUGGCAACGUUUUCUCGCUCAAGAUCGGCGCGCAGACGGUCGUGGUUCUGAAUAGCGCCGACGUCAUCAGGGAGUGUUUGGUUGGGAAAGCGACGAGUUUUGAUGGACGACCGGUAUGGAUGCUGAACAAGGUUAACCAAGGAAGAGGUAUAGCCAACGAGCAACCCACCAAAAAGUGGCAAGCCCAUCGCAAGGCGUGGUCAAAGGUCACGCGAAGUUUAACCUUGCAUGACCUUGACAUGGAGGGCAAAAUAUCACAUGACAUUGCCCGCAUCCUCUCUGUCUUAGAAUCUAGUCAAGGACAUCCAAUCGAUGUCUCCAAGACAGUACAUAUGGCUCUAUGCAACAUCAUCUGUUCUUUAUGCUUCGGGAAGAGCUUCUCGUACAAUGACCUUGACUUUCAGCACCUACUCAAAAUGGCGGACAAGUUCUUCUGCUACCUUUCAAGCGCCAGUGCUGUGAAUUUCUUCCCGAUUCUUUGGUACUUGCCGCUGAAAGCGAACAAGGCUGUAGCAGAGGGAUACGAGGGUAUCUUUGGUUUUGUGAAGAAUCUCGUGGAGGAGAAGGAGGAUGGAGUAGGGAGGACGCAGGACCGUGGGUUUAUUGAUGUGUGCUUGGAUGAGGCCAAAUCAAAGAAGAACUGUGAUGGUGUCAAAAUGAGAUCAAAGAAGACUUCUGCAGAUAUGCCAGGCAGAAAUAUAGAUUUAAGUACAGAGACUAAAGCUGACAACAGAAAUGACUCCACAUUUUCUGCAGCUUCCCAUUGUCAUCAACCCUGUGGCAACGGCAAGGCAUGCAAAGAAAUGGACGUCGAAGACGAGAAUGAUGUCCUCGAAACACUUGACAAGUACAGUCGACGAGUCAUCUGCGAAGAUGCGACAUACGUAGCGACCGAUAUGUUUAUAGGAGGAGCUGAAACAACACAUGCAGGCAUGGGUGUCGAUACUUACGCUUGUCUGCAGGAGAUCCUUCGCCUCGGCAACGUCAUCCCCAUCGCGAUUCCUCAUGUGACCACCCAUGACGUCACAAUGUCUAAUGGAUGCCAUCUCCCCCAAGGGACCACUGUCUUGUCCAACCUCUACGCUUGUCACAUGGACCCUAGUGCCUGGGAAAGCCCCACAGAGUUCCGGCCGGAGAGGUUCCUGGAUUCGGAAGGCAAUCCAAAGCGAUUUGAUCACUUCAUGCCCUUUUCAAUAGGUAAAGAUGACGCAGUUGAUGUGUUGGUCCCAAGCACAAUUUACCCCAUCCCAGUGGUGCGUUCAGAUAUUUCUAAUACAAGAGGUACGAUUCCAUGA